AUGGCCGCUAGACGGAGAGUGAAGACGUUCAAGGCGAUGAAUACUCUCGACGAUGCUUUGGAAGGCCUCAAGCUCCGAGAUCUCCAUAGGGACGAGCAACGCGCUGCAAGAGCCCACCUCAAUCAGUUCCUAGACCGCAAGUAUGGCUUAGACGGUUCGAUCAGCUCUGUCGACCCCAAAACCGCCGCGCGGGAAUACGUCAGUUUCCUGGCGCCUUCACUCUACCGCAAUGAUCGACCUUUGCGGCCAUGGGAGCAGCGAAUCAAAGUCCUUCUCAACGAAGACUCAACAUUGCUUCAUCGUUGUUUGCGGAGAAUCGUUUCUGCCGAGAAGGAGAGAGUGAAAGUCAGAGGGGGUCGAUGUCGAGCAAUUUCAGGCUCAGGUCCUGGUGAAGAUACAGAGAUGAAAGGAUCAGUCAUGGAAGUCCCGCACGCCAUGGUGGCUCCUGCUUCAGACACCGACCGGAUCGAAGUGAUACCAGCAACGCGGUUAGUCGGCUCCGAGCCUGCCAUAAAGCGUCCGUUCAUGUCUGGGAGUAGGCAAAGAUCAAAGCGGCGAUCGAUCUACGACCCUCCGUCCGACAGCGACGCCGAGAUUCCGGACAGUGAGGACGAUGCGGUCGGGUCACCACCACAGCGGAAGCGCCGGAAGAUCGUCCAGACCACAAAGCGACAGCGGCCUCGUGGGCCAAGCAGGGAACUCAAGAGACUCGCCGAUCAUAAUGGUCGCGGCCUCCGUGAAGACAGUUCAUUGAGUGAUCAAAUCAAGCAAUACGAUGAGGAGCUUGGGUAUAUUUUCCGUGCUUUGAGGAGGUCGCCAUAUGACCCCAGCGCUGGCAUUACGCAUCCUGCCACAUCUCAAUCGACGCAAGAUCUGGGGGAUCCUAGGAAUUCUACGCGAGGGCGUGCGGAAGUCGAGAGGGAGAAAGGCCAUGAAUCGACCCAGCCAGACCGUCUGGGUCUUGCCGUGUACGCAUCAGACGAGAGUGACGAGGAAGCCGCAGUCGAAGCUGGCGGCGAGACUGCACAGCUCAUGAGGGAACUCAAGGUUCUGUUGCUGCGGCUUGAGGGAGCCAAGACGUCCUCAGAGUGGGCUGUAAGUCAAGCAAGAACGGCAGGAGCAGAGGUGGAGAAGGCAGUAAGAGCUCUGGUAGCAGCAGAAGACAAAGUCCGAAAAACGCUCGAUGAGAUCGAAGUGAUCGAGACUAAGAUGAACAAGUCAGCUUGA